AUGGCGGUGAGCUGGUCUCCUCUUACUAUGCAUAUUCCCAAGGUUGAGGGGAACUUCAUUCCCAUGUGUCAGAUCGAAGUGAUGGCUUUAGAAGCCAUCAAUGGAGGUCAUCCCAAAAUUAUGUUAUAUGCUGCCAGACAAUCGAUUACCACAAACUCAAGUAUUUUAGAGACAGUUCAUGAUUCUUCUCCCAAUGUUACCACCAUUUUGAUUGUCCUUAUGGCCGUCGUUCCUUCACCCGAAAACCCAUACAGAGUCAUUGAGGUCGCCUUCAAAUCGGUUACGAACAAUCCCAUAUUUUUCGAUAUCAAAGGCAUCGUUUUUGCGCUUCAAAAAAUCAAAGAGAAAGCUCAUAAGGAUGGCCAGAAGAAGAACGAAGAGACCAUUUCAAGUGUGGCUGUUGAGAUUAAGUCUAUGAUUGAUGAAUUGAAGUCCAAAUUUGAUAAAGAUAGACAAGGUUUUUCUAAAGCAUUUUCGAAGAGCUCAAAAGAGUUUGAGAAUUGUUUGAAAAAGGAAACUUCCAAGUUCCAAACACUUUGUCAGCAAUUUUGCAAGGAAAAAGAAAUCUAUUUGCAGCUGUCAGAUACCAUUUCCAAGUUUGAAGAAGAGAAGGAAAGGCUUUUAAAGCGAUUUGAACAAAUGAGGAAGAAAGAAAAGAGUAUGAUGUCAGAACAUGAGAAAGCUUGCGGAGAUAAAAUUACUCGAUUGGAGGAGUCUCUGAAAAGGAAAACUCAGGAUGACAAAACUUUCAGAAUUUUGAGGAAAACUUUGGGUUCCCUUUUUGAGAAUGCCUCGGAUGAGGAUUUCCCACCUAAUGAUUAA